UUGUGUCUAUCUUCACAUUUACUCUUAUAAUUUUAUAUUUGUAGAGUAAGUAUUUGUUUGCCAUAAUACUUAUUUUACACAACUUCAAUUACGGCCUUUAAUUAACGCAAACUAUACGUUGUUUUUAGCUUAUGAACAUCGUUAGCUUGUAUGUUUAAUUAUCCCCGCGUAAGUUUGUGAACAGAUCUUCUUAUCAGGGCCGCCAAUCUUCAUCGGCAGAAUCUCCGACCAACGGACCCAACUACGCUGGACUUCGUGAUCAAUACCAAUUUCAUCGGGCCAGACUUCGUUGCAGACGACAUCCGGGUAGACGACCAGAGGCACAUACUUCUUGCCACAACACCUCAGCUACAGCAGCUUAAACAGGCCAGGCGGUGGUUCUUGGAUGGCACCUUCAAACUGGUAAAACGCCCGUUUUACCAGUUAAUGUCUGUCCACGCGUUCGUCCGAAAGGGUGAAGAUGCCAAACAAGUACCACUCGUCUACGUACUGAUGUCACGGAGAACAAAGCAGGAUUAUAUUGCGGUGCUGACCAGUCUACGUAGUAUGCUGGAACGCCCGCAGGUUGAAUGGUUCAUGCUGGACUUUGAAGCUGGUAAGUAGAAAAAAUCGAUUUUAUAUCAUGUGAAAUUCAGUCCGAGGGUCUUACCACUGCCUACCUGGAAAAAGAAGAUAAGUACAGGUUCUUACGGAAACUGCUGAGUCUGCCAUACCUCCCUUCAGAGCAAAUUCCAGCGGCUUUCCACCAGUUGAAGCAGCAAGCUUUAGAAGUCGGCGGCCCAAUCCUGCACGUGACGCAGUAUGUCCAGGGUACGUGGAUAGAAGGAAGUAUGUGGCAGCCGAACCACUGGAGUGUGUUCAGGGAGACGGUCAGGACAAACAACGACGUUGAAGGGUGGCACAGACGAAUCAACACCCGGGCUGGUCGGGCUGAUUUGGGGUUCUACCUGCUUGUACCUUUGCUUCGCAGAGAGGCCGAGACGGUAGAUCUCCAAAUCAGGCUUGUAUCAGCCCAUCUACUGACGAGGCUACACAGAGCAAGAUACGCCAGACUCCAUGGGGCAUUGUUUGACGCUUGGGACAAAUACGAAGACGGUGAACUGACGACGACACAACUUCUACGUAGAUGCAGCAACAUCGCGGGGCUCGGACCUUCCACUGGAUUUACCAACAGCGCGGUACAAGAAGAUGUAUAAAUUAAAAUCAAAGAAACUGACA